AAAAAUAAUAUAUGUAUGCACGACGAGGGCCGGUUAAUCGCUUCAGCACUUAGGAGUUUGGCUCUGUUUGCGCGACCCCGGAGUUUUUCUUGGCCUCAUCGGUCGCAGUCCUUUGCAAGAAAAAGUUGUGAUAACAGGACCGAAGAGGAACUUGCGAUCGGCGCAACUAUCGUGUUUGACCACCGAAGACUUCAGAAUACUAAGCGCUUGAAACAGGUGUCCGUCCUUGGCUGGAGCGUAAACAUGUCUGGCGAAUCAACAGGUGCCGCAAAAGUGCUCUCAGGCAACGAUGCCUCCAGCGAUGUCAAAGAGGAGCUCAAGAAAAGGGUUGAGGCUAUGGGCCAGAAAUUGCCUGGCUAUCGACCUGGCCUGGCCAUUGUCCAAAUUGGAGGACGGGAAGACUCGAAUGUCUACAUCAGGAUGAAACUGAAAAAUGCAGAGGCAAUCGGUAUCAAGGCUUCUCACGUCAAGAUGCCAAGGACCACCACCGAAGUGGAGGUCCUGUUGAAACUUAAUGAGUUGAAUCAAGACCCAAACAUUCACGGAAUCAUCGUCCAAAUGCCUCCCGAUUCUGAUCACUAUAUCAACCCUCACACCAUCACAGACGCCGUAGAUCCUGAGAAGGACGUGGAUGGUUUACACACUGUUAAUGAGGGCCGUGUUGCAACCGGAGACUUGGAAAAUGGAUUUUUGCCUUGCACCCCUAACGGAGUGAUGGAGCUAAUCAAAAGAACGGGCGUGAAAAUUGCGGGAAGUGACGCUGUUGUUCUUGGCCGGAGCAAAAUCGUGGGCACUCCGAUGUCUGAAUUGUUGAAGUGGCACCACGCCACAGUCACCGUGUGCCACUCCAAGACCAGAGACUUGGAGCUGAAAGCCGCCGCUGCUGACAUUCUGGUUGUUGCCAUCGGUCGCGCUGAGAUGGUGAAAGAGUCGUGGAUCAAGCCGGGCGCUGUCGUCAUUGAUUGUGGCAUCAACUCGAUUGACGAUCCAAGCAAGAAGUCGGGCAAGCGACUCGUGGGCGAUGUAGACUACCAGGGUGCAGCCAAGCGCGCUUCGUGGAUCACACCUGUCCCAGGUGGCGUCGGGCCAAUGACGGUCAUCAUGUUAAUGAGAAACACCGUCCUGGCUGCCGAGAAAAUGCUCGAGCGGCUGCUGCAGCCCAAGUGGAACCUCCGUCCGCUGCCCUUGAAAAUUCAGUCGCCGGUGCCAAGUGAUAUUUCGGUCGCUCGAGCGCAAGUGCCCAAAGAAAUUACCCAACUGGCUGAUGAGAUUGGUCUGAUGAAGGCUGAGGUGCAUCCUUAUGGUUCUAAGAAGGCAAAAAUUUCUCUGUCAGCCAUCAAGAGACUUGCUGCCAGCCAAAAUGGCAAAUAUAUUGUGGUUGCUGGAAUUACUCCCACCCCUCUCGGAGAGGGUAAGAGCACAACCACCGUCGGUUUGGCUCAGGCACUUUCGGCACACAAGAAGGUCAAUGCAAUUGCCUGCGUCCGCCAGCCAUCCCAAGGACCAACAUUUGGGCUUAAAGGUGGAGCUGCUGGAGGAGGUUAUUCGCAGGUCAUUCCAAUGGAGGAGUUCAACCUCCACCUGACAGGUGACAUCCACGCUGUCACUGCUGCAAAUAACCUUCUGGCUGCUCAGAUCGAUGCUCGCAUGUUUCACGAGGCUUCUCAGUCUGACACAGCUCUUUACAACCGACUUGUGCAUUCGGUCAAGGGCAAAAAGGAGUUUUCAAAAAUCCAGCUUAAAAGACUGCAGAAGCUUGGAAUUGAUAAAACCGACCCUAACUCUCUGACACCUGAGGAGAUCAACAGUUUUGCUCGAUUGGAUAUUGACCCUGACACAAUCACCUGGGUCAGAGUUGUCGAUACAAAUGAUCGGUUUCUGCGUGGAAUCACUAUUGGUCAAUCUGAGACUGAAAAGAAUAUGACCAGGAAAACUUGCUUCAACAUAUCUGUGGCCAGUGAAGUUAUGGCAGUCCUUGCUCUUGCGUCUGACUUGGGGGACAUGAAGGAGCGCCUCGGACGCAUGGUUGUUGCUUUAAACAAGAAGGGAAAUCCGAUUACCUGUGAUGAUUUGGGAGCCACCGGUGCUUUGACCAUUCUGAUGAAGGAAGCCCUCCAGCCUAACCUUAUGCAAACAUUGGAGGGUUCACCUGUCCUUGUUCAUGCUGGUCCUUUUGCCAACAUUGCCCAUGGCUGCUCCUCAGUCGUUGCUGACCAACUUGGACUCAAACUCGUUGGUAAAGAUGGCUACGUCAUCACUGAAGCUGGUUUCGGGUCUGAUAUCGGCCUCGAAAAGUUCUGCAACAUCAAGAGCCGUUCGUCAAAACUAAACCCUGACUGUGUUGUUUUGGUCACGUCAAUCAGGGCUCUGAAAAUGCACGGAGGGGGCCCUGCUGUUACUCCUGGAACUCCUCUGCCUAAGGAGUAUCUUGAUGAAAAUAUUGAUUUGCUCACAAAGGGACUCCCUAAUUUGAAUAAGCACAUUGACAACGGUAAGAAGUUCAACCUGCCAGUCGUUGUUGCCAUCAAUGUCUUUGCCUCCGACACUGCCGAUGAAAUUGCUCUGGUCAAGGGUGCCAGUUUGAAUUCAGGAGCUUUUGCAGCCGUCGUCUGUCAACACUGGGCCCAAGGUGGAGCUGGAGCUCUUGAUUUAGCAGAUGCCGUCAUGAAAGCCUGUGAUCAGCCCAACAAUUUCAAGCUUCUUUAUCUUAAUGAAAUGUCGAUUGAGAAGAAGUUGCACACGAUUGCCACUGAAAUUUACGGUGCGGACAAGGUGGAGUUGUCCCCAAAGGUGCAGCAAAUCAUCGAGAAGUACAUCGAACAGGGAUUUGAUAAACUGCCCGUGUGCAUGGCCAAGACCCACUUGUCAUUCACUGGAGACCCCAACAUCAAGGGAGCGCCCAAGGGUUUCUCCAUUUUAAUCAGGGACCUGAUUAUUUCAGCUGGGGCUGGAUUCAACGUUGCCAUUGCUGGAGAGAUUUCAAGAAUGCCUGGCCUAACAACACGACCAAGCAUUUACGACAUGGACAUUGACGUCGAGACGGAGGAAAUUGAAGGACUUUUCUAAGAAUCAUUCCAACUUAUAUGAUGCACUAGUGCCAUAGCAGAUAAGAAUGCAAUUAAUUUCUUACUAGAGUGCCAAAGCACAGUUGUAAAAUAAUGUAUGAACAUGGGAAUUUAAAAAAAGAAACAUAAUUUUGUAGGUGGUGGUUGCAUGAAAUCAAAAUCAUGUUUUAAGAUGACUGUAAUACACAACGUUGAGUUUAUUUUUAUGAAGAAUUAUAUACAAAUGAAUGUCAAAAGGUAAACGCUUAAAUGACCAGUAAUAAAACCACCUCAACUGCAAAAACAUUUUUUGAGGGUUUAAAAAGA